AAGUGAACCAGUUUGUCAGUCCUCGAGGCCACACUUGUAAUAAUUCUCUCUCGCCUCCCACACACGUGACCGCCGCCCCUUGCCAGACUUCCCCAAGGCCCCGCCACGGCCACCUACCUGUACCCAGCUAGUCAGCCGGCUGGAUUCAGGUUCAAGGGCCGCUGCUCCUGUAGAAGGCGAAGAAGACUGAAGCGCAUCUCUCAUCACUUACCCUGGUCCUGUCUCCCUCCUCGUUAUGCAUACGAUACUAAUUGUGGCGCUGUGUUUGGCGGCAACAGUUGCUGCGUUGCCCUCACCUGACGCAGCCCCUCAGCCUGCCCCCGUGGCCCUCCCUGACCCCGCGGCUGAAGCUUCCCGCCAGUUCUACGGACACGGACACAGCCACGGACACAGCCACGGACACAGCCACGGACACAAACCUUUCUUUCAAGUUUCCUUAGGUCAUCACGGUCUGAGUAUUGGACACGGUCAAGGAAGCCACGGACACGGGGGUCAUGGCAGCUACGGACACGGCGGUCAUGGCAGCUACGGACACGGGGGUCAUGGCAGCUACGGACACGGUGGACACGGGAGCUACGGACAUGGCGGACACGGUAGCCACGGACUUGGUUUGCUUGGCAGUCUCCUAGGGCAGGUGAGCCACGGACACAGCUCUCAUGGACACAGCUCUCACGGACACAGCGGCUACGGGGGACAUCACGGUUCCAGCUUCGGACACGGACACCACCAUUAAGACUGAAGACUGGACACCCGCCGCCUCACGCUCUCUUACUUCCUGAAGGAGGGAAAGUUGGAGGCUUGUGGGAAGAAAACAGGGAACAAAUGAAGAAUGGGAAGGUUGUACAAAUUAGAGAAACUGGGAAGCUCUGAGGAGGAAAAUGAAGAAUGGGAAGGUUAUAACGAAGAAAGCAAAGAUAAAUUGAGCAGAUCAGAGGAAGAAAACGAAGAAUAAGAAGGUUGUAACAAAGAAAACGAAGAUAAAAUGGAAACUCAAAGAAAGAAAUGAAGCAUAAUGGGAAUAUAAGAAGAAAACGAAGAAGUGAAGAAAACAGGUUUCAAAUUAGGAAUGGGAAGUUUAAAUGAAGAAAACGAGAGGAAGAGAGAAAUGAAGAAAACAGGAACCUGCUCAAAGAAAAUGAGAAAUAAGUGAAGAAUAAGAAGUUUAUACUGAGAAAAUGGAGGAAAGAAAUUGAGAAUCGCACUGAAGAGGAGAAAACGGGGAACUAAUUCAAAGAAAACGAAGAAGAGAAACUGACAAGCGUACGCAAAGAAACUGGGAAGAAGAGGAAUAGCUUAAGAAAUCGUAUGAUGUAAAAAGAAUUGUCUAUCUGAAAAACUGUCGAUAAUUGUGUAUUUAUUAUGUCUGUUUUUUUUUUUUUUUUUCUAUUUCCUUCCGUCUGUCUGUCUAUCUGUUUGUCUGUGUCUAUCUUGGUAUGAAUGUUUCUUAUAAGUCUAAAUAAAGAUCAUGAACUCGUGAA